CCUCUCCUGGGGAUCACUUCCGCCACUGAAGUCAGUUUCCGCCCGGCUCACCCGGCAUCGCUCACGCGGCUGGGAGUCAAGAUGGAGGAGUACGCUCGAGAACCUUGCCCCUGGCGAAUUGUAGAUGACUGCGGUGGGGCCUUUACGAUGGGCACCAUAGGUGGUGGGAUCUUUCAAGCUAUCAAAGGUUUUCGAAAUUCUCCAGUGGGAGUAAGCCACAGACUACGAGGGAGUUUGACAGCUAUUAAAACCAGGGCUCCACAGUUGGGAGGUAGCUUUGCCAUUUGGGGAGGGCUGUUCUCCAUGAUUGACUGUAGUAUGGUUCAAGUCAGAGGCAAAGAAGACCCCUGGAAUUCCAUCACUAGCGGUGCCUUAACAGGGGCCAUCCUGGCAGCAAGAAAUGGACCAGUGGCCAUGGUUGGGUCAGCUGCCAUGGGUGGCAUUCUCCUAGCUUUAAUCGAAGGAGCUGGUAUCUUGUUGACAAGAUUCGCCUCUUCGCAGUUUCCCAAUGGCCCUCAGUUUGCAGAAGACCCCUCCCAGUUGCCUUCAACUCAGUUACCACCUUCACCUUUUGGAGACUAUCGACAGUAUCAGUAGGACUUGGCUCCCAGGGCUUCUCCGCAGAAUGAGCCGCAGUUGGAAAAGGGUUUCAGAAGAUCAAGUGACAGUCUGUUUUUAAAACUGUAGGCGGGACAACUGUGGCCAACUAGGCUAUGAAGAGACAUUUAGCACUUUUUCUAUUUAAAGGAACAUGGAGGGGGGAAAGAAGAUACUACAUUUAUUUAUUCACACUUGGAUUGCAUUUGUGAUCAAAAUAAAUGUCUAAUAUCAUUAAAAGAAAGUACAAUAAGUGCUUAGAAGAUGAAGGACCAAAAGGCUAAUUACAGUGAAACAUGACCGCUCCCUUGGGCGCUUCUCUGCCUGGUUUUGUGUGUGCUGUUAUUCGAACAAUAAAAGCUCCUGGAACUUACUUUUCUGUUAAGAUAAGUUGUAGAAUUCUGCUUUUCGUACUGAGCAUGCGUCACGUAAUGCAUGUUUCAUACUGGUCCCUAAUCUCGAAUUAUGUAGAAGAAUGGUGCAGAGUCAGCGCAGAUCAUUUCGCAGUGACAUGCUGAAUGGAUUAAGGACAUAGUGAAAUACUUGUCAUUUACUUUGAAAGUAAAAUACAGGGUAUGCUGUCUUGGUUUUGAGGAUGCUGGAUGCAAAACAGUUACCUUUCGGGCCACUGUGUCUUGAUUCCUGGUCAUGAAAAACCUCACCAGAAACAGUUUGGUUCCAAUAUACUCUAUUCUACAUGAGGAGGAUUCAUGCAGGGAAAAGUUUAGGGCUCAUUGUGUGCUUGCAAAUAAAAUAUAUGUUGUUUUUAA